AUGACGGCGACGAGGAAGCCCACCACGAAGGCGCGCACUGUCAGCUGCUCCCGCCACGUCGGCACCGGCUUGUCCAAGAAGGCCCGCUCCACGGAGGCCUCCUCCUCCGCCGCCUCCCCGUCGUCAUUGCUCCCGACGUUGCGGCGCCGGAGGAGGUUGCCCGUCUCCACCGCGUCGGCGUCGUGGGCUGCGGCGGCCGCUGCUGCUGCCGCGGCUGCGGCGUCGUCCGUCGCCAUGGCUUCUCGAUCGAUCGUCUCGGGCUACCAAUCUCCAACGGAUCACGGAAAAGAACCGCGAUUCUGGUUUCUCGAUCGAUUUUCUAUGUGCAUCUUCCUUCCGGAUGCCCUCGACGGCUUGCCGGGCCUGGUUGACAUGAUAGCAUCCCAGCCUGCUGACUUCUUGGAAAAGCACCUGCCGGGGGAGAAGAUCGAUGUUAGGGAGUUCCGGGUGCCCAAGUUCAAGCUCUCCUUCCAUGACAGUGUCGUCGCCAUCCUCAAGAAGCUGGGGCUUCAGUUGUCGUUCAGUGAUCAAGCCGAUUUGUCUGACAUGGUGGAGGAUGAUGAAUCUGGCUUGCCAUUGGUCUUGAACGACGUAAUCCACAAGGCGGUCAUCGAGGUAAACGAAGAAGGCACCAUAGCCGCGGCUGUGUCCAUAGAAGAAAUGUUAUUCGGUGGUUGUAAUUUCAUGCGUCCGCCACCUCCUCGAGUAGAUUUUGUAGCCGACCAUCCGUUUGCGUACUUAAUAGUGGAGGAGACAACCGGCGCAGUUGUCUUUGCAGGGCAUGUCCUUGACCCCUCCAUUGAGAGCUAGGUCAAUCAAGGACGACGCCUGAUUUUGU